AUGAAAAAAGAAGUGUACGCGAUGAAAGUCAUUCGGAAAUCUGAAAUGUUAAGGAACUGCCAAGAGGGGCAUUUACGCGCUGAGAGAGAUUUCCUUGUUGCCUCCGAGAAAUCUAGAUGGAUUGUGCCACUCAUUUCGAGCUUCCAGGAUGUCAAUAAUCUGUACCUUGUCAUGGAUUACAUGGUUGGGGGGGAUUUCCUGGGACUGCUUAUUCGAAAAAAUAUCCUCUCUGAAGAUGUCACCAGAUGGGAUGUGAAACCAGAUAAUUUUCUGAUAUCCGCAUCUGGGCAUCUGAAGAUUUCCGACUUUGGCCUUGCUUUCGACGGUCAUUGGUCCCACGACCAGUCAUAUUUCAACAAUCACAGGCAUUCUUUGCUGAAAAAACUGGGUAUUCAUGUCGAAGGGGAUUCCCAGGAUCGGGAAGAAUUUGCGAAGGCUGUGGAACGCCAGCGUGAGAAGGAUCGAAAAAGGUCGUCUGUGAACUCUGGAUCAAGUGAAGAUUGCCCAGCCGAAAUUUGGGGACCUGGCCUGAACGAUGACAUCUUGCGAUGGAGAAACAGAAAGGAAAAGAGGAAGCUUGCUAGAAGCGUAGUGGGUACGAGUCAAUACAUGGCACCCGAAGUUAUACGCGGCGAUCUAUAUGACGGCAGGUGUGACUGGUGGAGUGUUGGCGUGAUUCUCUAUGAGUGUUUGUAUGGGUUUACACCGUUUUCUGCAGAAACUCGCCAUGACACAAAAGUUAAGAUAUUAAAACAUGCCGAAUCACUGUACUUCCCGCAUGAAAAACCUUCGGACAGGCUUAUUUCGGCUGAAGCAAUCGACCUCAUUGGACAAAUGCUUCAGGAAAAGGAAUACCGGCUUUGUUCAAGAAAGUAUAUGCUGAAUGACUAUGUUCAUUCAAAAAGACUUCCUGGUGGGCUCCUCAAUUGGCCAUCAGAUAAGCAGAGCACGAAUUAUCAGGGGUACUAUGUUUAUUCGGAUGACGCUGGUGAUAUUAAAGAGCACCCUUUUUUCAAAGGCAUUAGAUGGGAAGAGCUCCAUUACCGUAAACCACCGUUUGUUCCAAAAGUUAAAAACUGGGAAGACACAAAAUAUUUCGAAGACGAAGAUCCGAUUAGCGAUGUGGAUGAUGGAUCGAGUUAUGGGGAUCAUCACCCUGAAACCGAAGCUCCUGACCUGGUAGCCAAUAACCCGGAUUCAAGUCGCACGGUUCAUGUGAUGGAUAUCGGAGCCCAAACGGAUGGCCCUCAAACUGCAAGCAUGAAGGAAAUAUUGAAACAGAACGCAAGAGCUGGGUUAGAGGCUAAUAUGCAAGAAAAAUGCCACAAGAAAAAGAAAGAGAAGAAGAGGCCCAGAGACAAGAUUUUGCGUGACGAAACGAUUGGACGGCAGGCGCUCAACUUGAGAAAGAGGGGAGCCUUUCUGGGGUAUACAUACCGAAGACCUAAAGAUUUUCUACUUGGAUUUGAGACCGAUCGUGGGAGAUCAUUAAUCGGCUAUGGUGAGCGUUGA